AUGACUGUCACCUACACGGCCAGAGUUGCAAACGCCCGAUUCUGUGGCUUCUCCAAGCUGCUUUUGAUGUGGAAAGGCAGCAUCUACAAGGUGCUGUACAAAGAGUUCCUGACUUUCUUCGCCAUGUACACAGCCAUCAGCAUCACUUACAGAUUUUUCCUCUAUGAUGACCAGAAGAGGUAUUUUGAAAAACUGGCAAUUUAUUGCAACCACUAUGCCAGUCUCAUCCCUAUGUCCUUUGUACUGGGUUUCUACGUGACCCUGGUGGUGAACAGGUGGUGGAGCCAGUACACCAGCAUCCCUCUCCCCGACAGGCUCAUGUGCGUCCUGUCCGGCGGCCUCCAGGGGAGCGACGAGCGAGGCCGCCUGCUGAGACGCACCAUGAUGCGCUACGCCAGCCUGUCGGCCCUGCUCAUCCUCCGCUCUGUCAGCACGGCUGUCUUCAAACGCUUCCCCACCAUGGACCAUGUGGUGGAGGCUGGAUUUAUGACGAGAGAGGAACGAAAGAAGUUCGAGGGUCUCCACUCCCCUUAUAACAAAUACUGGAUCCCCUGCGUGUGGUUCACCAACCUGGCUGCUGUGGCCCGCUGCGAGGGCAGGAUCAAAGACGAUCACACAUUCAAAUUGCUGCUGGAGGAGCUGAAUGGGUUCAGAGGGAAGUGCAGCAUGUUGUUUCAUUAUGACAUGAUCAGUGUCCCCCUGGUCUACACUCAGGUGGUGACUUUGGCCGUGUACAGUUUCUUCCUGGUGUGUCUAAUUGGUCGUCAGUUCCUGGACCCCAGUCAAGGUUAUCCAGGUCAUGACCUUGACCUCUACGUGCCCAUCUUCACUCUGCUACAGUUCUUCUUUUACGCAGGGUGGCUCAAGGUUGCAGAGCAGCUGAUCAACCCGUUUGGAGAAGAUGACGAUGACUUUGAGACUAACUGGCUGAUAGACAGAAAUUUUCAGGUGUCCAUGAUGGCAGUGGAUGAGAUGUAUGGAGAUCUGCCGAUGAUGGAGAGAGACCGCUACUGGAAUGACUCCAACCCCCGGCCACCCUACACCGCUGCCACUCUCUUUGUCCUCCGCAAACCGUCCUUCCAGGGGUCCACUUUUGACAUGGCGAUCCCUAAGGAGGAGAUGCACUUCCAGCCUCUGGAGGACAUUGCUGAGAACUUGGAGGAGUCAGGCAGUCGUCACCCCAACAUGGCCCUUUUCAACCGCCUCCUUAACGCAGCGCCGUCCCCCACUGGCCUCAUGGGAGGGGCUCUUCGCCGCACCUCAGCCCAGCUCCAGAGGCUACGCCACUCUCCCAGCAUUGACCAAUGCACCAGUGAUGAUGACGACGAUGAAAGUUGUAAGAUAGGCAAAGGGGGGUCUCUACCAUCAGGGCUGGGGCAGGAAACCCAGAGCACUGUGUGCAGUUUUAGGGAAGAGAAGAGCGCCAGAACACCUCUGCUGGAGAUUCAGUUUGGGGCAGAACAGGAGAGGCGAGGGGGGCACCCCGCUAUCAGUGAGAAGAAGGAGGGGAAGAGUGAUGCAGAGUGGCAGAUGAGGGAGGAGGGAGCGAAAGCAGAAAGUACAAGCUGGGAGACCCAAGCUCCAGUGUCACUGCUUCCCCCUCCUCCCAGCCAGUCCUCCAAAGAGACGUCCACUCGACCAGCGUCUGUCACUCCCAUCGCCUCCGAUCACCCCUCUGCCUUCCUGUUUCACCCCGCUGCCCACUCCAGUCUGGAGCACUGCAGCUCCCAGCCAGCUAUCAACCACAACAGAGUCGUGCCCACUGUACCCAAACCUUCCUUCGGUGGAAACAAUAUGUCCUUCCUCACUGUGCCAUCUUACAAUGAACCCCAGCGUUUCCGCAGCGUGAGCAUGGGGUCAGAGCUCACUGGAUCUUAG